CCCUCUUCUGUCCCGCCCUCAGCCCAGCUCGGCUCGGGCAGGAUCCAUCUCUGCUGCGGGACACGCACCAAAAGAAGGUGCAGAGAAACCCAACAGGCGACAGAACCAAGACAAGGAAAAAACAAAACAAAAAUACACACACACACACACACACACACACAUAUUCGACACAAGGUGGUGUUUCGCAGCGUGAAGGCGGUGCGUGUUGUACAAAGCCACCAACAACCGACCGUCCUUCAUUAUUUAAACUGCACAUCACGGCGGUGACACUCCGGAGGUCCCACUUGGCUGCCGAGAUGCAUGCAGGGAUGAACAGUCAGAUAAUUUGAUCUUCGCUGUGGAAAUAUCCACUCGGUCUCGUUGAUGACAGGAGGAAAGAUGAAGUUUGCGGUUGCGGUGUUGUGGUUCUGCGUGGCUCUUGGGAAAGCUACGAUGCAAGUCCAGGAAGAUUUUGUGUCACUGGCAGAGUUGGAGGAUUCUCUGCUGAGGAACCUUUUCAGAGGUUACCAGAAGUGGGUGCGGCCUGUUCAGCACGCCAAUGACACCAUCACUGUACGCUUUGGACUAAAGAUCUCACAGCUGGUUGAUGUGGAUGAAAAGAACCAGCUAAUGACUACAAAUGUUUGGCUCUGGCAGAGGUUCAAAGGACAUUUAAGAGGAGGGUUCAUCCUGGAUGACUGCACUACAGAGAGAGAUGAGCUCACUGAACAACACGUCUCUGGCCUUGGAGUGGGUUGAUGUGAAGCUGAAGUGGAACCCUGAUGAUUAUGGGGGUAUUACCUCUAUCAGAGUGCCUUCGGAGACAAUAUGGCUGCCUGAUAUUGUUCUGUAUGAAAAUGCUGAUGGUCGCUUUGAAGGUUCACUGAUGACUAAAGCCAUUGUGCGCUGGGAUGGCACCAUAACAUGGACUCCACCCGCCAGCUAUAAGUCCUCCUGCACCAUGGAUGUCACCUUCUUCCCCUUUGACCGACAGAACUGCUCUAUGAAGUUCGGUUCCUGGACUUAUGAUGGAAACAUGGUGGAUCUUGUCCUGGUGGAUCAUUACGUGGAUCGUAAAGACUUCUUUGAUAAUGGCGAAUGGGAGAUCCUCAAUGCCACAGGAGUAAAGGGAAGUAGGAGGGAUGGGGUUUACUGGUAUCCAUUUGUCACAUACUCCUUCAUCCUUAAAAGGUUGCCCUUGUUCUACACCCUCUUCCUCAUCAUCCCCUGCCUUGGCCUGUCCUUCCUUACUGUGCUGGUAUUCUAUUUGCCAUCAGAUGAAGGAGAGAAACUUUCACUUUCAACAUCAGUGCUGGUAUCGCUCACUGUAUUCCUGUUGGUCAUAGAAGAAAUUAUCCCUUCAUCCUCAAAGGUGAUCCCACUAAUUGGAGAGUACCUGCUCUUCAUCAUGAUCUUUGUCACAUUCUCCAUUAUUGUCACCGUCUUUGUGAUUAACGUCCACCAUCGCUCCUCUGCCACCUAUCACCCCAUGGCCCCCUGGGUAAAGAGCCUCUUUCUUCAGAGACUGCCCAGACUGCUUUGCAUGAGGGGACACACAGACAGAUAUCACUUCCCAGACAUUGAGAUGCGAAGCCCAGAGCUGAAGCCCCGUCGAGGUGCGGGAAGGAGGGGCGUUCCUGGGCACUGUGGCGGUCAGCAGAGAGGCCCCCAUGGAGGGAAGGAGGAUGAAAACCAAGCUUGGUUGGCAAUGCUGGAGAAAGCCACAAAUUCCGUUCGCUACAUCAGCCGUCAUAUCAAAAAGGAGCACUUUAUAAGAGAGGUUGUACAAGACUGGAAAUUUGUGGCUCAGGUGCUGGACAGAAUUUUCCUGUGGGCCUUCCUAACAGUGUCAAUCCUGGGAACUGUCCUUAUCUUCACCCCUGCUUUGCAGAUGUACCUCAGCACACCUUCAUGAAGGCGCACACUCAAACUCAUGAAUACUCUCCAACAGCUCGUUCUUGGUUUCCAGUCUGUCUUUAACUAUGAUUUAUUGAUAAAGCUCAAUGAAACAUUCAUAUUGUAUCUUUCUAUUGUAGAGACAAGCUCGGGCAACAAACUUUUACCUCCCUACAACAUGGUUUGCAGCCUGUAAUAACUACUGGAAACUGUAAUGCUCUAGAUGCAACUUGUCCUUUGCUGUGAAAUGCAUGUAGAGGGGUGCAGAGGAGUACAAGCAAUAAGCAGGUUAAGGUAGCGUGUAUGAUUUGAAUAUCUUUGUUUGUAUAAAUGUAAAAGUAAUUAUACAUGCAACAAAAUGCACAAUGUCACUCCAUGAAUAUUGAGCUGUUUUAUGUGUCACAUGCACUUUGUUGACUAUUGUAUGUUCUGUAAUGAUGAUCAGAAUAAAGAAAAAAAUGAAUACCACUA